GAAGAAGGCAGCGCCCACGGCGCAUGCGCAGCGGUCACUCCUGCUAUAUAUUAAGGCGCCGGCGAUCGCGGCCUGAGGCUGCUCCUGGACAAGGGCAACGAACGGUUCGUUUGGACUUCUCGGCUUGAGUGCCCACCUCCUUCGUCGCCGCCUCCACAGAGUCCCCAGCGCAGUUAUGCCCAGUUCUUCCCGCUGUGGGGACACGACCGCGGAGGAAUCCUUGCUUCAGGGACUCGGGGGUAUGCUGGACUCCUUCCUCGGGUUUAGGAGUGCUUUCGGGGAUGCGGGGACCAGGAGAAAGUCAGGAUCCCUAAUAGUCUUCCCUGUCUGGAUAGAUGAGUGGUUUCUUCCCUAACAUCCCUUCUCCACCUGGAUUCUUUCCACAGGAGCCAGCAUACUUCUUGAACAUGGAGACUGUUGUUCGCCGCUGCCCAUUCUUAUCCCGAGUCCCCCAGGCCUUUCUGCAGAAAGCAGGCAAAUCUCUGUUGUUCUAUGCCCAAAACUGCCCCAAGAUGAUGGAAGUUGGGGCCAAGCCAGCCCCUCGGGCAUUGUCCACUGCAGCAGUACACUACCAACAGAUCAAAGAAACCUCUCCGGCCAGUGAGAAAGACAAAACUGCCAAAGCCAAGGUCCAACAGGCUCCUGAUGGAUCCCAGCAGAGUCCAGAUGGCACACAGCUUCCGUCUGGACACCCCUUGCCUGCCACAAGCCAGGGCACUGCAAGCAAAUGCCCUUUCCUGGCAGCACAGAUGAAUCAGAGAGGCAGCAGUGUCUUCUGCAAAGCCAGUCUUGAGCUUCAGGAGGAUGUGCAGGAAAUGAAUGCCGUGAGGAAAGAGGUUGCUGAAACCUCAGCAAGCCCCAGUGUGGUUAGUGUGAAAACUGAUGGAGGGGAUCCCAGUGGGCUGCUGAAGAACUUCCAGGACAUCAUGCAAAAGCAAAGACCAGAAAGAGUGUCUCAUCUUCUUCAAGAUAACUUGCCAAAAUCUGUUUCCACUUUUCAGUAUGAUCGUUUCUUUGAGAAAAAAAUUGAUGAGAAAAAGAAUGACCACACCUAUCGAGUUUUUAAAACUGUGAACCGGCGAGCACACAUCUUCCCGAUGGCAGAUGACUAUUCAGACUCCCUCAUCACCAAAAAGCAGGUGUCAGUCUGGUGCAGUAAUGACUACCUAGGAAUGAGUCGCCACCCACGGGUGUGUGGGGCAGUUAUGGACACUUUGAAACAACAUGGUGCUGGGGCAGGUGGUACUAGAAAUAUUUCUGGAACUAGUAAAUUCCAUGUGGACUUAGAGCGGGAGCUGGCAGACCUCCAUGGGAAAGAUGCUGCACUCUUGUUUUCCUCGUGCUUUGUGGCCAAUGACUCAACCCUCUUCACCCUGGCUAAGAUGAUGCCAGGCUGUGAGAUUUACUCUGAUUCUGGGAACCAUGCCUCCAUGAUCCAAGGGAUUCGAAACAGCCGAGUGCCAAAGUACAUCUUCCGCCACAAUGAUGUCAGCCAUCUCAGAGAACUGCUGCAAAGAUCUGACCCUUCAGUCCCCAAGAUUGUGGCAUUUGAAACUGUCCAUUCAAUGGAUGGGGCAGUGUGCCCACUGGAAGAGCUGUGUGAUGUGGCCCAUGAGUUUGGAGCAAUCACCUUUGUGGAUGAGGUCCACGCAGUGGGACUGUACGGGGCUCGAGGCGGAGGGAUUGGGGAUCGGGAUGGAGUCAUGCCAAAAAUGGACAUCAUUUCUGGAACACUUGGCAAAGCCUUUGGCUGUGUUGGAGGGUACAUCGCCAGCACGAGUUCUCUGAUUGACACGGUACGGUCCUAUGCUGCUGGCUUCAUCUUCACCACCUCUCUGCCACCCAUGCUGCUGGCUGGAGCCCUGGAGUCUGUGCGGAUCCUGAAGAGCGCUGAGGGACGGGUGCUUCGCCGCCAGCACCAGCGCAACGUCAAGCUCAUGAGACAGAUGCUAAUGGAUGCCGGCCUCCCUGUUGUCCACUGCCCCAGCCACAUCAUCCCUGUGCGGGUUGCAGAUGCUGCUAAAAACACGGAAGUCUGUGAUGAACUAAUGAGCAGACAUAACAUCUAUGUGCAAGCAAUCAAUUACCCUACCGUGCCCCGGGGAGAAGAGCUCCUACGGAUCGCCCCUACCCCUCACCACACACCCCAGAUGAUGAACUACUUCCUUGAGAAUCUGCUGGUCACGUGGAAGCAAGUGGGGCUGGAACUGAAGCCGCAUUCCUCAGCUGAGUGCAACUUCUGCAGGAGGCCACUGCAUUUUGAAGUGAUGAGUGAAAGAGAGAAGUCCUAUUUCUCAGGCUUGAGUAAGUUGGUAUCUGCUCAGGCCUGAGCAUGACCUCAAUUAUUCCACUUAACCCCAGGCCAUUAUCAUAUCCAGAUAGUCUUCAGAGUUGUCUUUAUAUGUGAAUUAAGUUAUAUUAAAUUUUAAUCUAUAGUAAAAACAUAGUCCUGGAAAUAAA